CGAUUUUCAUAAAAUUAUAUUUUGUAUUUUGAACAUUUUAUAACAAUGGAAGCACAGAACGAGAGAGAAGUUGAACAGAAGAUGGAAGACGAGCAUCUUAGACUACAGAGACAGAUCCGCAUGAUCCAGAGCGACCGAGAACAGAGCCUUGGGGUACACCCGCGCCUGCGCAGGCAAGAGCGUCUGAUGGCCAUCCUGAGAGGAGAAUACCAGAACUGCGCUAAGGAUCUGAAGGUAGCCAGAUCUGGUGCCCACAAGAAGAACGAUGCUAAGAUGAAGGUGGACCUUGAGAGAGCUCUGAUGCUGAGGGAGCAUACGGAGGCACUGUCUGAAGAGGGUGUAAUUAUGAUGGACCAGCUCAACGAGCUACUGCAGAGGAAAAAGAAACAGAUGAUAGAAUUACGGAAAACCGUGUCAGUUAGCUUGGGAAAGCUGGCAGAGCGCCGCCACCUCAGCGAGCACAGGCUGACAGCAGCUGAAAACAAGCUGGAGACAACUACUAGCAGAUUCAACGUGGUGCAGGGAGAGAACAGAAGAAUUAGAGAGGAGAUCGAGCAUAUGCUAAAGGACAGGGCCCUCUUCAACCAAGCGUGGGAGAAGAUGCUCACAGCUUUGGGCACGGGGAAGAAGUUUCUCGAAGACCUGUUCGAGUCUUCUACCCUGGCCUACGAUCAGAGGGACGAGUGGUGCGCCAAGUUGAGAUCAGUCCAGGAGAAGGGAAGGAUGGAUCAGAUGCUGCAGGUCCAGGAGAUGCGCGACCUUCAAAAGGCUUUCGACCACGAGACCAAACUCUACCACUUCCUCGCCCGAAAGGGGGUGAUGAGAGUCAACCAGAGGGAGGAGGAGAGAGAGGAAACAAGGAGAAUUGCGGAAGAGGAAAGAAAUAAGAGAGAAAUGGAGUACCAUAAGAGAGUGUUGGAGGAGAUUUAUGAAUACAUGCAAGAAGAAAACAUACGCAAAAUAAAAGAACAUUUCGAGCGUGGGGAACGAAAUCACGAGUCUCUUUAUCUAUUGGUAACUGAAAUAUGUGCGGAAACAGAAGCACUGAGAAGAGAAGUGAAGAAGAUAAGAGAGAAUAUAGAGGAACGCAAGAAAUGGAACGACAAAAUGGAAGAGAAGAGAGUUUCAAAAAUAGCACAGAUGCAGCAGACGCUAGAGGAGCAGAGACAGAGAACGGCGCAGAAGAGAGCAGAUGUAGCGACAGCGACGGAGCAGCUGAGGAGCAGCAUGGAACAAGUAGUGGAAUUAUUCAAGAUGUUGGACUGCCCCCUGGAGCCGUUCCAGCCGCAGCUCGGUGACAAGGGUCCGGGGCUGAACAACAUGGGGCUGACCUUCCACCUGCUCACCCAGAGGAUCAGGGAAUAUGUGGAGAUGGUGUAUUAUAUCGAGCGAUCUUCCCGUCGCAGUGGUCUCAAGUCCUCCCGUCUCAAGAAGUACACCAUCCACUCCGACUACCCCCAGCACCUGAGCGUCUCCACCAUCGACAACCUAGUCGCUGCUAACCCCUGUCCGGCCUGCAUCGAAGCUCGCUGGUUUCUCCGCGUGACAGAACAGCUGGAGUCCCCCCUGGACGACUCCACAGCAGUAGCAGCGCUGCAAGAGUUGGCAGCUGAUACCGCCUUCAUACGCAGUGACAGGGUGCACCAACUGGCAGAGUGCAGAUCGCCUCUCAGCCGCGCUAUACUAGCGAGGCGGUAUAUGUAGAUGACGACGAUGAUGACGCUACAGACACCAAGGUAACACCAAAGCAAACAAGAACUGAUCAUGAUGAAGCAACUGUAGACUUAUUUAAUCAUCAUAAAUAACAAUAAUUGGAACUACAAAAAAGUAUAUAAAUUUGAAACUGAUGUCG